CUAUUUUUAAAUGAAAAGAUUUUUAUAAUUGUUAGAAAAAGAAAUAGUUAUACAUAAAAUGCAUGAUUUGUUAGACAUUGUGAGUCCGUCAUUUUGAAUGCAAGUAAUUCAUUUCAAAAUUUAUUCUGGCAACUAGUGUCACCAGACGACUUCGUCGCUUUUCCGCUCCUCCUGGUCUGAAUAUUCGCUUUGUCAUUCACCCAUAGUUUUUCUACUAUUCUUCAUAAAGCAUUUGCACUUUAUUAUAAAUAUUAACGUCGCGAUGCAACAACAAAAAGUAGUAGCUUCGAAUGCAGAAGACUUCAGUGAUGGAGAGGAAGCUACAUUCCAAGAUAUUGAUAUGCUACAGGAUCAAGGCAUCAAUGCGGCAGAUUUGAAAAAGCUCAAAACAGCGGGAAUAUGCACAAUAAAAGGCGUUCAAAUGACUACGAAAAAGGCCCUUUCCAACAUCAAAGGAAUUUCCGAAGCAAAAGUUGAAAAAAUCAAGGAGGCGGCUUCAAAGAUGGCAAUUGUAGAUGAGAGCAUGAAGAGAAAGCAAUGCUUCAAGAUUUCAACUGGAAGCGAAGACUUAGACAAACUUCUAGGAGGAGGUGUAGAGAGUAUGGCCAUUACUGAAGUUUUUGGAGAAUUUCGCACAGGAAAAACACAACUUUCACAUACACUGUGUGUUACAACACAAAUGCCAGGAGCGAUGGGAUACACAGGAGGAAAAGUUGUUUUCAUCGACACGGAAAAUACAUUUCGUCCUGAUAGACUUCGACCUAUUGCUGAUCGUUUUAACCUGGAUCAAGCUGCUGUCUUGGACAACGUCUUGUAUGCUAGGGCUUACACAAGUGAGCAUCAGAUGGAACUCCUUGACCACGUUGCCGCAAAAUUUCAUGAAGAAGCUGGAAUUUUCAAAUUGCUGAUCGUGGACUCCAUCAUGGCCCUAUUUCGUGUCGAUUUUAGUGGUAGAGGAGAGCUUGCAGAUCGACAACAAAAGUUGGCUCAAAUGUUAUCGAGAUUGCAAAAAAUAUCUGAAGAAUACAAUGUUGCCGUGUUUGUUACAAAUCAAAUGACAGCUGAUCCCGGUGCCGCAAUGAGUUUUCAGGCUGAUCCUAAGAAACCAAUAGGUGGUCACAUCUUAGCUCAUGCUUCAACUACAAGAAUAUCUCUGAGGAAAGGAAGAGGAGAGAAUAGGAUUGCUAAGAUAUUUGACAGUCCUGAUAUGCCAGAAUCAGAAGCUACAUUCAGCAUCACUAAUGGAGGUAUAACAGAUGCAAAAGAAUGAAGAGUUAAAUACGUCCAUAAAUUCAUUUGCAGAACGACGUUUGAACCAAAUGCAAUAGAAAUGGGUGCCGGAUUUGCUUUGGUUUUCGGUCAAAUCAUGAACUUUUGAUCAGAAAAAGUGGGCUUAGUAUAUAUAUGUAUCGUUUACCUGACAUUGAGAUUGUAAUGUUUUUAAUUUAUUAUUGUUCUAGUUGGAUGUUUUUUAAUAAAGUUGUCUGCGUUUUUAUUUUAU